ACAACAGACCGGAGCCUGCAGUAACAGAUGGCUCGUCGCGCCAUGGCUCUUCUCCUUCCUCAGUGGUCCUCCCGUGUGUUUUCGGUGGAGCUGAAUGGAGCACCAUGCUUCUUUUCAAUACAAGAGAAUCACCGUGGAGAGGAGGUGCCACAGGUGUUCAGAAAUGUCCAAAACUACAACAGCUGCUACUCUCUCCUCGUCUGCAGCAGUGACAGAAUCAAACGAGCAAAGUUUUACUCGGAGCUGAAGGACAAAUUGAUAAGAGACUUGCCCAAAGAGUGCACCUUGUCUCCCAUGUCAUCAUUUCUGCCAAAUGUCAAUGACUCUCUCAUCAAAGGCUACUUUUUGCAAGACGUUUCUCAGAGCUCGACCCUGACGGAGAGAGUUUUACGGGAGUUAAAACAGCAUGACCCGGUGCUUGUGUGCUCAUACUGGAGAAAUGAGAACGGCCAGCUGUGGACUCAGCGCCUGUGGGGAGACAGCAAGACGAUGGAAAUGUCGACUUUCUGUGUUGUACCAACAGAGACGCCAGAAUAUCACCCAGCCACACUCAACAUCAUCAACUCUGAUGUCUUCUACAGCUUUGAGGAAGCCUACGAAGUUCUUAAAGAGAGCGCUGACAUCAUCCCAGAGGCGGCGUCUGUUCUGGAGCUGCUGCCCAGCCAAGCAGAGGCUAGAAGUAAACCAGACUUCCCUGUUAUUGUCGUAGAGGGCCUGGAUGCCACAGGUAAGACCACGCUCACUGAGUCUCUGAGGGAUACUCUUGGGGCUGUUCUUCUGCGGUCCCCUCCCCAGAGUCUGUCCCCCUUGAGGGCUCGCUUUGAUCGGGAGCCGCCCCUCAUACGCAGGGCCUUCUACGCUCUAGGGAACUACAUAACAGCUGAGAAAAUAGGCCAGGAGGGCACAAAGUCGCCUGUCAUCGUUGACAGAUUCUGGCACAGCACUGCAGCCUACGCUAUCGCCACAGCUGUGAGUGGUCCAGUGUCUAACCUUCCAGCAGAAGGUUCAGAGGUGUACAGGUGGCCAACUGAUCUGCUGCAGCCCAGCCUGGUGAUCUUACUCACUCUGGAUCCCACGGAGAGAAAGAGGAGGCUGAGGGACAGAGGUCAGGGAGAGACUGCAGAGGAGCAGGAGCUGGACCACAACCAGCUUUUCAGACUCAGAGUGGAGGAGGCUUACCGGAGGAUCAGUGGGCCAGCCUGCGUCACCGUGGAUGCUAGUCCUCCUGCAGACCAAGUGCUCCAACAAGUGCUGCUUUUAAUUAGGGGCAAAUGCCACUUGUAAACAAUCAUCUCCAUCUCCCCCUGCUGUCGGCCAAGCAUCAAGUGGAUGCAGUACCCCCUUUUACCACUGGGUGCCAGUAAGGUGUCAUGAAUGUGACAGAAGCAGGGCGAUGACGGCCAGAUUGGACUGUGGCGAGGAGAGAGGAUGCUGUUCAGAAUGAGUAAAGGUUGAAUGGCCAGGGGCCAGAAGAACUGUGUGCUAUGAUCAGGAAUACAUAUUCAUGCAGACACACGUGCAUGCACAGAUUCAGACACACACACAUAAAAAGUGAAAGUGUCGUUAGGAAGAAGAGUGCGUUUAACUGCUAUAUUGACUUCUCCAAACCAUACACAGUUUAGCUGCUCCAGUUGUGACAAUAAUAAAUUAUUUUUUUUUUUUAAAUAGAUAUUGAGGAAAUUGGUUGAUACAUUCACAUAAGUACCAGUUAUAUAUAAUUAAAACACACAAAUAGGACAAAAUGCAAACACAGCACACACACACACACACACACACACACACCCACACACAAUAAUGAAAGCACCACAAAGACAGGAUCCAAUUUGAAUACAGUUAAAAAAAAAUAAUUUGUACAAGAAAAGUUUUAAAUUAAAAUAAAUUUACACACGAUAUCUGUUGGGGGUCUCUCUGAGUAAAGUAGUCUUACAUAAGCCUACCAAAAAAGUUUCUUGUUCUAAUUAUAAGAACUUGUGUUCUGAUAAAAAUCCUUUCUCUGAACAGAGUGUUCAGUAUUUAUCAGAAAAUAGUUGCAUUGGCAAAAAAGUUCAGCUGGUAAGUCUUUGUAGAUGUGUGCUUUUUUAUUUGGCUUUGGCAGGCGUGUCCACAGAAAUUACUGGGUCCCUCUUAAGCCUAAUUAAAGGACCCUCUUCAGAUGCGAUUUAACAGUAUCAACCCAUGGACCUGCAUUGUGUCAGAUCAGCUUUAAAGCCGACUGAAAGUUUAAGCUAUUGUUAGGGGCCAUAAUGCACCUCCUUGUCUUCUCCUUUUCUUUAGAGUGUCCUGACUUUUGUCCAGGUCCUGGGAUAGUGACAGAGUAGGGAUGGGUACGAGUAUUUGAGACCUUAAGCACUUGAUGAUCCUUUAUCUCUCAAGCAUUGUGCACAAGCUGUUUUAAGCUGAAAUAUUUGACUGAUUUAGCAUUAAAUGUGGACUUCAUCUCUCUGGGUUUGUCUUACUCCUUGGUUCCCAAUCUGGGGUUUUGGAGCCUUUUAGGGGGGCGCCAGAGUUUUCAAUGGGGGCAUGAGGCCCAGUCUUCUUUGGGGCAGUUUAAAUAAGACUUGCAAAUACUAACUAAAAUCAUUAUAAAACACUUACAAAUAGUGCAUACAAAUGUCUCUGUGUAGUAACAGGAUUGUACAGGGCUAUUUUGUUUAGAUUUACACAAUAAAAGAAUAAAAAUGGUUAA